AUGUUUCGUGGUUAUGCCAGAUUAGCCUCAAAAUGUGCACGGAACGUGUCUCCAACUUCACGCAAAAUUCAGCCGGUAAAUUUCAAGGAUGACACUAUCUUUAGGAAGAAAUCUCUUUGGUGGUUAGUGCGAGCCUUAGUGGUGCUUCGCAUAUGCCAAAUUUCAUUUUUUUCCAGGAACGCGGUGUAUUUGAUGAAGAAAUCAGAAUCUGUUUUGGGUCCUUUCCUUAUCUACAACACUCUCGUGAAGAUGACAGCAUAUGGCCAUUUUUGUGCCGGAGAGGAUGAGCGUGGGCUGAAGAAUACGGUGAAAGCCCUUGAAAGGCAGGGAAUUGGCUCUGUCCUUGAUUAUGCUGCCGAGGCAGACGUCGCGGGAUUUGCCCCGCCACCCGGCUUGGAAGAGGCCCCAAACCUAUCCAUGGCUUCUCUCGUUCACAAAACGACGGUGAAUUAUUCGUCUCAUGAGGAGCUGUACGAUGAGAAUAUGAAGUUGUAUGUUAUGUGCGUUAUGCAUGCUUCGCUCAAUCAGCCCGUAAAUGGGGUAGGCCUGGCGGCUGUGAAAGUUACGGGCAUGUGUGAUCCGCAGCUACUCGCCCGCGUCUCGGCUAUACUUCACUCGGUGCACGCCGGUUGGGUGCAAAAUUUUACUAAUGAAAAACCUCCUCCUAUCGAGGAAUGCCGUGUCGUGAUGGGGACUAACAAAGAGUAUCAGUUAUACAUUACUUAUGAUCAAUUACGUAAAGGACUUACGGCUUAUGGUUCAGCACGAAAAUACACGGAGGAAGAGGCGGAGGCUGUCAUUAAGGCACUUGAUGAGAAAAAUGAAGGCAAAGUGAACUAUUAUCAGUUCAAGAAGGUGGUUUCAGAAGCGGUUCUUUCCAUGGAGCCCACACCUGUCCAAAAGCUUAUCGUUGAGAAGCUUCCAAAACUCACAGAAGAAGAGCGCGAGCUUUGGCGGGCAUUGCAUAGGCGUUUGUCUGUUAUUGUACGAACGGCUAAGGAUUUACGGGUGCGUGUUCUGUUUGAUGCCGAACAAACAUUCUAUCAAGUUGCCAUUGAUAAUAUUGUGCUGCAGUUUCAGCGUCAGUUCAACCUUGAGGAACCAACUGUUUACAAUACGUAUCAGUGUUAUUUGACAUACACGGAGGAUCGCGUGUUUAACGAUUUGACGCGGUCUGAGCUUGAGGGGUGGGUUUGGGGUGGAAAGGUUGUGCGUGGAGCGUAUAUGGUACAAGAGAGAGAAACGGCAUCUAAAUACAGCUACAAGAGUCCUGUGUGGCCGACAUAUGAGGAAACCAAUGCAUGUUACCAGGCGUGUGCAAGGCGUAUUUUGAGGGAAUUUACUCGGUUGCCCAAUACACCCUUUGAAGUGUUAUUUGGUACGCAUAACAAAGAAUCUGUAGAGGAAAUAUCUGAAGCUAUUCUCAAGCUUCCUCCCGUAAAGGGUCUAGCAGUGUUUGCACAGCUGUACGGUAUGGCAGACCAUUUAACGAUUCCCUUGCAAAAAGCGGGAUUUCGCGUAUUCAAGUAUCUUCCUUAUGGCCCUGUGAAGGAGACUAUUCAUUACUUGGGCCGGCGGGCCACGGAGAACGCUUCUGUUCUCGCGAAUGGGGGCUCAGAAGAGGUUGAUUUGAUGAGGAAGGAACUGCGCCGUCGUCUGUUUUGUUUCAAGAGCUACCGGGAAAAAGAUGUAAAGGCUUAG